UAACGCCUUUUGAUUUGGUUUGGCUGUAGGGGCGGCUAGUAUCACUGUAUCACCGGCCAUGGACGCCAGCAGUGGAGAUGAAUUCGCGGUGGGUUGCAUCCUCUCCAUCAAAACCUCCCUGGGAGACGAAUUUGAAGGCCAAAUCAUCACCUACGAUCGACCCUCCAACAUCCUCGUCCUUCAAGAGGGUUCGGACUCUGGACCACGCCGGAAUAUAAGGCUGCUAAAGGCUAACUAUAUAAAGGAGUUCUCUUACUUGGGUCAAGCUGAAGACCCUCUUGAUCCCAAGAAGUGCUGUAUUGAUCUUAAUGCACUCCAAGCUAGGGAAGAAGUAGCCAUAAGACAAGCGGAGGCAGAUGCUGAGAGGAUAGGAGUGGGCGUUACUGUUGAGGCCCAGAACAUUUUUGAUGCACUUUCUAAGACACUUCCAGUGCGCUGGGACAAGACUGCCAUAGUUGUGAUGAAUGAAGUCCGUGUCAGUAGUCCGUAUCUCCCUGAAUCUGUUAGUGGAGGAACUCCUGCUGCCAAUGAGCGGGUGAAGAAAGUGCUUGAGUUUGAAAGGAAGAGGUUGCAAGCUCGUGUUGCUGGGCAGUGAUGGUUUCACUUUUCUGUUGUCUUUUUGCUGGGAAAAGGAUCGUAAGGUAAUAGUUAUGAUGAGGGUUCGUUGCUUGUACCCAACCUUACAGAGACAAUCUAAAAGCUUAAUUAAUGAAACAGUUUAGUUUUCAAAUAAUAACCAAGUUGUAGCAAUUCUUUCA